GAGGAUCACCUGACUGCAGCAGAGGACACGGAUCAGGUCUGAACAUCAGCGAGAACCAGCCCACCUCCAGGCCACGAGACCUGAACCUCCAGCAGAACCUGAGGACCCUGAAGAUCAGCAGGACAACGAGGACCCGAACCACCAGCAUGUUCUCCUCCAACGUGAUGGCUGCCUGCGUGAUGAUGAUGAUGAUGAUGACGAUGAUGACGAAAGCUGCCGGCCAAUCGAAACACUCAGCGAGGACACACAGGAAGUCCUCUGAUGGCGCGGCGGUAGAAACGGUCCCUCUGCAACUGGACCCCAGAGCGUUGGUUCCCCCAAGACACACGAGGCCGAUGCAGAACACCUCCGUCUCCCCGUGGACCUACAACGUCUCCCAUGACUCCGCCCUGUUCCCUCCGGUGCUGUCGGAGGCCCGCUGUCUGCUGCGAGGCUGCCUGGACUCGGAGGGCCGGGAGGACCUGAGCCUGGAGUCCAGACCCAUCAUGCACCAGGUGCUGCUGCUGCGCCGGGUCAAGUCGCAGGGGGCGGGGUCAGGGGCGGGGCUCAGCUACCACUACCGGCUGGAGUCCCGCCUCCUCGCUGUGGGCUGCACCUGCAUCCGACCCAUGGUCCAACGUCAAGACUGAAGACCAGCAGAGACCAGCAGAGACCAGGACCCGCUGCUAGAAAACUGGACAAACUACACUCUGGAGCUGUAAUUUGAAAAAAAUUAAAUUAAAACAGUUUAUUAUUGGAUGUGUGAUCAUAUAUAUUAUGUUCUAUUUAUGAUUUCAGUUUAUUUAAAAUAACUAUUUAAAAUCUA